UUUUCUGUCUACAUGUAGCGGGGUUCUGUCUGCUACAACUCUUUAUUCGCAGUUUUCUUUUCUUUUCCACACGUGGAAUACUCUGUGAAGAUAAAUUCAACAAGCACUUACGCCGAUCGCAUAUUCGAAACAAAGAAAUCAUUGAUAGAUACGGAUUGUACAAAUCAAAAAUACAGUUUGCGGUGAAAGGUCUCCAGUGCGUGCGUACAUCGUAAUCAUUUGUGUUUGGUUUCUGGUGGUUCCAGCAUAGAGUAAAAAAUCUACACUUUCAAAAUAAAAUGUCUUUCGCAUUCUUGCAAAGCCAUGGCCGAAAGGCUCUGGUAGUUAUGAUUGAGCGCCAGUUUCGCGCUAUGUCCUCAGCAUUGGCCAUUCCAAAGUCUUCAACAGCACCGGUGAAGACGAGCGAGCAACAGAACUUCUUCAAGGAUAUCCAGCUCUGGAACGGCUUUUUGACCGCUUCGGUUCGGCAGUACUCGAAAAAAACAGCUGCCCCGGAACGCGCCUACAACAGUGACGACGAAUCGGAUUCGGAUGACGAGCGUGAAACUCCACGUCAACAAAAACGCAAAGAACGGGGCAACUCCGAGUUCUGGCGUCGCAAAAUGCGCACCCUGCACGGUGUUCUAGAUGUUAACAAGGAUGGUGUCAUCUCGUACGACGAUUUUAUGCUGCUGACCGAGAAAUUUGCUUCUCUGGGUCAUUUGGAUGCCAAGGCAAAGAACGAAUUUCGUGACAUUAUGCGGAUUACCUGGGAGCAGCAGUGGGGAGAAAUCACCCCCUACAACCUUGUUACCGUCGAGCAAUACUUAACCGAAAUGCACCAUGUCGUGAACGAUAAGGAUCUCAAAAAGAAAGUGCAUCGCUUUUUGCCCUACCUGUACAAGGCGGUAGACAAGGAUCGGUCUGGAUCGAUAUCACUCACGGAGUUCAAGCUGUUCUUCCGCUGCUUGGGCCUGACGGAGGAGAAUGCAGCCGUUUCGUUUGCAGUGAUCGACAAAAACGGAGAUGGACAGAUUACGCUAGACGAGUUUGUGAAGCUGGGUAAGGAUUUCUUUGUGAGCGAGAAGGAAUCGCAUGUCUCGCGAAUGUUUUGGGGUCCUUUGGUUGAUCACUAAAAUGGAAGUGUCUGUGCAAGCGUGACUUCUAGUUCCACGCAAAAGUACACUGCCUGAAGACAUUCUUAUUUUUCGCUCGACUUUCGAUUUACCAAGCCCGAACAUACGCUGAUGCAACUGAUCUUAUUAUUUAGUCAUAGAAAAAUAAGCGCUUUGGAGCGAGUGUUGAAGAUGAAUACUGAUAUGUCGCUCAGUUUCGUUUCCAUCGUUCUCAACUGUACUAAAAAUCGUCUAUGUUUCACAAGAAAUAUUUGCACUCAGACCAGGUUUGACACGAAUCUUUGUGUCAUCAAUUUGAAAGUGAUGAUUGGAAAUUGUUGUAAGCGCAAUUGAGUGGAAUGUAUGCG